CUCCUGGACACAGUCAGUCCCAUGUUUUCGCCUCCGUUACCCCUUCCUCCCGCGUCUCAUGGCUCCCCCGUUUGGCCCGAUGCCCAUGCAACUCCACAACGGCAGGAGGACCACACAGAAGCCGGGUUCACUAGCCUUCAGGCAAAAGGAGGACCAACUUCUGUGGCCAAGCACGACAAAGUCAAAUUGAUGAUCGCGCUUGAUCAGGCCACGUAUCUUGCUGGCGACUGCCUUACUGGGAAAGUGGAGCUGGCAAGCAGCACAAGUCAGAAUCUGAGGCUGGGAGAGAUCGCUGUAGAUCUGAUGGGGAUAGAAGAGCUAACACCCCGAGACCGAGCAGCUAGUCGUACCUUCCUACAGAGUCGUGUCCUGUUUCAAGGAGGCUACCUUCCUCCUUCGAAUGCCGUCCUACCUUCGGCGCCCAUCCAUGGCCACUGGGCCGCCCGCAAAGGCAAAACGACAUUCCCAUUUUCCUGCCGUCUGCCGUCUACCGGCUCUUCUUCGGUCACCUUUGCUGGAUGCGCAAAAGUGAGAUACUCUGUCAAAGCUAGUGUGCAAAUCUGCUACGAAGGAACACGCUUUUCGCUGGUAUGUGCCGCUGAGGCGGACGUUGCAGAGCGAUGGGAAGAUGCGCAUGCGCCACAGUAUCGACGGCCGGUUGAAAGUGUAGGCGAAGCCAAAUUGUUCAUGGGCGGACGGAGUGGUAUAUGGCUGGAAGCUGCGCUGGACAGGUCGCUGUACUUUGUAGGAGAGCAAGCUGUGGUCCGGGUCGGAGUGAGGAAUUGGUCCAAGAGGGAUACAUCGGGUGUCCGGUUGCAAGUCAUUCGCACUCUCACCUUGUCCACUGAGGGAGUAGGAGGCGCGCAGGAACCUUCCAUUAGCGAGGCUGUACACACGCAGCUCUUCCAAGGUUCCGCUUUCGACUUCAAGGCACAGAGCGAAGUUGUCUUGCACCUGCCUAUCGAUAUUCCAGCUGGUGCCAGGACCGUCCGCAGAAGCAGACUUUUCGAUGUCAGCAUCGAGAUCGUUGCGGCGCUGCCUCUUGGCACAUUUGCGAAAGACCUCGAGGUCAGGUUGCCCAUAUUCGUUGCUCAUGAAAAGGUACAGUCUCACGAAGGGGGACCGGAGCUCGACGCAAAUUCCUGUCGGCACCGCACACAACUGGCGUCCCUCCUUCGCUCGCAAACUGCGCAGAUUUACACAGAUCCUUACUCGGCCGAUCCAAUGCAGAAAGCUGCGAGCCCAGUAGAUGAGAAUGUGGAAAGCCUUGUGAGCGACAGACGCCUGAUGAUCGGUCCGUCCUCAUUGUCCCCUCCUCUGUCCUCUGUACGAGACGUUGAGGACAACUCCUGUCAACUAAACCUCGCUAUCAUGAGCGUUGAGCCAGAGUCCAAUCCCAAUACUAUCAAGAAAGCCAGGUCGAAGAGCAAGACCACAACGAUCUCGAAGAAGGAGGUGGACCUUUUUGAGAGGCUGGCCAAUGACGACGAGGGACAAGAAGAGAGAGGAAUUGUUGCAAAAGAUUUACAGAGUCAUGGCACUGGUCCGAAGGAAUGCGGGGUGGCAGUAUCUCCGCAGCUUGUCCAUUCAGCAGUGACGUCCACGCAGACGCCAUGCGAGCCCAAAGUUGCCGUCGAGACUGCAUUCAAUUCUGGUGAUGAGCAGCUCCGUAACAAUGGGGGUCAAGGCGUUUCCCAUCUCCACACUCCGUCCACGCCGGAACCAAUCGCUAAAGACAGCUAUCUUCUGAAGCGGCCAAUUCCCGUCUCGCCACCACCAGCAAGGCAGAAUCCAAAGGCGAACGCCUCGCUUGGAAUCUCUAGCGCCCAGGGCCGGGGUCUUGGAGCGUUGGAGACUCGUCUGAGUCUCCUCCGAACCAUCCCUUUGCCGACAGUGCCCUCGAACAGGGCAGGCACAAGCCAAGCCACCGGUGUGAAGGCUCAGUCGGUAGUGAACGGGGCACCAAGAAAGUCAUUCAAGCAGAGCAAGCCGCCUGACGCGUCACGUACAGACGAGACAAACGUCAGUCUGCUGAAGCGGAAUGUCCUUGGAAGUCCUGAGCGCAACCACCGAAUCGAAGGCUUGCAAUCCUCCCCAGUUGAGGCGAGUGCCUCCAAUGCCAAAGCGCAGAGAGGCGGCAGAGGAGGUCGUGUCACUUCGGUCACGGCGCUCUGGUCUUCCAUUGUGGAGAAGAACGACACGGCUGUCUUCACGCCUGCUGGUCCCGGAGCAGUAAGGCACAAAUUGAGGAGAGAGGAUAAGCACAAGUCAGCUGGACCUACCACGGCGCUCACCUCGCCAACCACCUCGCCAACAUUCGUGCGGACAGGUGCAGUAGCACCCCUCAUGAGCAGACGAAUCGUUUCUCCCCCGUCCCUCGAUACGUCUCUAUCCCGUGUGCAUCUCAGCAAGGGGAGUUUCAGCGGCAGCAGCAGAGGGAAGACGCCUCAAGGUCAUGUCGACAGGACUCACGCCAGCCCGUCCAGCAGUCCCACCUGUGUGAUCAGCGCAGCCAAGCUCACCUUCGAUGUGCCUGCGCCAUCGUCAGCACAACGGGACAUGCAGACGCGCGACAAGACACGACCAGGCAGAGAGGUGCUGAUGAUGCCGGAGGAGGAGACGAGCGUGGAUGGUCGUGGGACUACUCGUGUGCUGGGUAGACAGAGGAUGGGGGAGCUGCGUGCUCUCUGGGAUGGGGCUGGGGCUGGAGCUGAAUAG